CCCGGGGGCACGCCGAUGUGGCGGAGCGCGUCGCUGUACCGCCGGACGUACCGCGCGCCGCCGCAGCACGGCAGCAACACCAGCACGCCCUGCAGCACCAGGUCCACGUCGUCGUCGUCCUCGCUGUCGCCCGAGUACCCGCCGUACCGGAACGGCAGCAAGGACUCGCCCUCGCGGCGCCGCGGCCGGCGGCUGCGCCACGAAUCCGUGUCGCGCGAGGGCUCGCUGGACCCGCUGGCCGACCUGGACCUCCUCGACGACCCCCGCGAGGGCAUCCUGCGGCGCGGGCUGCGCGGCCUGAGCCGCGAGGACUCCGUGGACUCGGACACCUUGGCGCGCCGCUUCAUGGCGCGGGACGAGUCCUUCGAGUCCUUGUUCGCGUGCCAGCAGGCCACCGGCCGCAGGAGGUCCUUGUCCAGGAACACCUCGACGGACUCGCUGGCGGCGGUGGGCUACCCGUUCCCCCGGCGCGGCGGCCUGCCCCGCAACGAGUCCUUGGACUCCCUGGGCUUCCCGCGGCGCGUGGGCCUGACUCGCGGCUCGUCCUUCGACUCGACGUGCUCCGAGCUCAGCCUGGACGUGUCCCUGAUCGCCGAGCUGGAGGCCGAGGGCGACGGCGGCGCGGCCGGCACGGCCGCCACGCUGGAGCAGCUGGAGCAACUGCAGCGAGAGAUCGACCAGCUCAAGUCCAACUGCCUCAGCCUGGACGAGGAGUUCGAGACGGUGCGGUGCAACCGGAACCUGCCUGGCAUGUCGUCCCUGCUGGAGGUCGAGGCUGAACCGAGGUCCGGAGCGGGCAACGAGGAGGCCCUGGCGGAGCGCGCGCGCGCACGGGCGUGCUUUGCCGGGCUGUACUCGUUGACACGGAUCACCAGUUCGCCUUCCCUGGACCUGGACCAAGAUCUCAGCGACUGGGACGGCCAACAGACAGUGGGUCGAGCUCUCCCUCCGACAGUGAAUGAGGAACCUCUGACGAGUCUGGAGUGGGAUGAGGAGGAUAUGUCGUAUCCUGACCAAGGCUUGGAAGACUCAGGAGUCGUCAAUGAUCUAGUCUUGGGGGCAUGUGCCGCUAACACUUCCCCAGUGCAUGAAUCGGUGAAGGGAUCUGGAAAGGGAAUGCAAUGCCGCCAGUUCUCUCUGGACACAUCUUGCCCUUCUCUGCGAGAUUCAGACAGCAUGCUGACUUCCUCCUUAGCGACGUUUGAACUGGAUGUGGAUGCGGACUCGGAGUUGGGGGACCCCGCAGCUCCUAUUCCCGAAUUGGAGCAGGAAACAGAAGCACUGCAGGCCACGCAGGCCAGGGAGCCCCUCUACCUGCCACUGAACAAGACGACUACGGAAAAGCAACGAGACUCAGAGUCCAUGCAGUCACCAUUGUCCCCAGAGAGCUGGCCUUUGUCAGAAGGUGCUCUGACACAUAGCUCUUCCAGCUCUGGUGUGAGUGUUCUGUCAAGAUCUUUGUCUGGCUUGUCUGACGCUUGGUGCAGUAGUACCGCUAUGACACCAGCCACGCCAGCUUCAAGUAUGCCCACUGCAAUCGGGCAGAGGACAAAUAUUCAGGAAUAUGUACUGAAGGAGUGGCAGGGAGAUACCAAGAAAGCACAAACAAUAAUCAAGGGUUACUCUGAAAUUCCUGGACUCUUGGGAUUAAAUGCUAUUCGCGUUGUGCGAGGCGACAACUAUUGUGCAGUGAGAGGCACGAUUUUUCAAGCUCUGGUGCGUGGACUUCCUCUACCUUCAGGCCAUAAUGCAGCAAGUCGCUGCUCACAGCUUCUCUCUGAUCCAUCUGGAAAUUGGUUGCGAUCCUGGAAUUUUGCUGGGAGGUUACCUUAUGCAGGAGAUAAUGUUGAAAAUGGCAUCCGAGACUGUCUACUCAGUAUGGAUUCAACGAUUGAGCGAUUACAAGCUGCAUCCGAUAGGGAGUCUGCGCUAGUUAACAUGUUAAACAAUGACCCUUGGUUAGAUGCUCGACUCUGUGAGGCUGUGAAGCUACUCAUGUUGGUGGGUGCUCUAGAACUUAAAGCUGCAGCUGACCAAGGACAGCCUCUACCACUUUUUGCUGAACUUCUCUUCGCCCGAGACACAUCAUCAACUCCAAAUGACCUUAUGCACAAUCACCUGAGGCAUGUUGGGGAUACAGCAGGUCUCGAGCAGGCAAUCAAGGAUGAGGGAAAAGUUGAGAUGUUUCUACUGGGAUACUCACUUGGUAUAAGAAUCAGAGUGGUGCGACCAUCUGCCUUCGGUUCUCAAGAUUAUGUGACAAGCUACCCCGACCCCGAAGACAUAGGCAUUGACAUGAGUGUAGCCUUAGAUAAUGCAAAGCUUGUAGAUCUUUUGGCUGAAGAUGACAGACAUUACAACGUUCUUUUAGUUUAGGAUAGAAGUUAUCAAGCAAUAAGAUAAAUUUGAUAUGAACUUUGCAUAGUAUUAAACCAAGUGCUUUGCACAGGAGUUGUGCUUCAGCUGACAAGAUACAGUAUGCUUGCAAUAAACCUGUUUUGGUCAUAAGAUGGUUAAAUCAUUUUUAGAGACAAUAUCAGCUCAUAGUCAAAGCAAGUCACAUGUCAUGAAGAAUGUAGUUACCAAUAUGGCUUUUGUAUCAUUUGAAUGAAUUUGUUCCUGACAUUGUUUAUCUAGUUUUAAUUUGUUGUUAUGUUAAGGUAGGAUGCGAUAUUGAUUUUUUUUGUGUCUUAAUGAAAACAACAGCUGACAGCUGUUUCCUUCUGAAUGAGCAGAAGUGUAAAAAUGCAUCUGUAUUAGUUAGUAUAGAAGAUUUUAUGGAACAAUGCGUUCUUUCAAUAUAACUACUGAUGGAACGGCCCAUUCAAUGUUUUAAAUAAUUGAACCUUUCCUUGCAGUGAUUGUUAUUUUGUGUAAUGCUUCUUUCUAUAAAGACAGAAGUAUAUUUUUCAAAUGUUAAACCCAGAACAGUAUUUUUAAAUUUAUUUUUGACGCUUUAUUUAUGGAAAGACUAGGCUAGACUUAAAAGUAACAAAAAAUGUUGCAGUGGUUUAGGAGAGUUGAAAGUUUCCAUUCCCUGGUGAUGAGUCAUGUCUCACCACUGACAGAGGAAACAUGGUGUGUACAGGAAGCAAAGAGCUCGUUUAUUUCUUGUGUUACUAGUUUAUUUGUUUUUGCAUUUUUUCAAUGACGGUUACAUUGACCAUUCAAUGUAUACCAAUAUUCAAGUUAAAAGCAACAACUUGCAGCUCUGUUGGUUUUGCAGACCUGCAAUGUUUGAUGUGUUCAUUUUUCUUCAUUUAGACUGGUAAAGUUGUUAUUGUAUAAUUUUGGAAACAUGUGCAUCUACUUGAAUGUUCAUGGCAGUGUACCAGUCUAAAUGGUGUUACAAUAUUCUUCAUUUGUUGCACAAUUAUUUUGCUGCUUUGGUGACAAUGAGAAGGAACAAUAUCCUCCUAGAAGGAGAGACAAGUUGUUUGUAGGAGUGCCAUAAGAGCUCAAAUACUUUUGGACAUAAUUCACUUGUAAUAUUCUUAAUCUUUCAUUUCAUUGAUACAGACAUGUCUAGUUUUGCCACCCUCCUUCAAUGAUAAUUUACAACCAAAGUCUAAAGCAAUGUUGAAAGGUGGGUGCUCUCGGAAGUGCUAUGAUUUCAAUUAACUAAAUCUUUGACUGAUGUAACAAAAGAGUUGUACAGUAGGGAAAAUUGAUGAGUUUCUGUUGUUGCAUACUUUGUGAUAGCUUGUUGGGUUCAGAUUAAAUGUAAUUGAAGCCCAUUUUGUUUUGUUUUAUUAAAGAUUUAUUAAAGCAAAUA